GUGCAGACCCAAGGCUGUCUCCUACACGUGAGAUGUGCCUCCAGUCCUUGCCAGUGAUAAGGAUUGUUACCUCCGUUGGCUUUGGAGAGCCUUUAAUCCCUGCACACACCAAUGAGCCAUUUGCCACCUGGUGUUGUCCCCAUACUUUGAAUGUUGUCAUCACAAGACUGCCGGGUGGAGCUGGCCAUGCAGGGUGGUGCCAGAGAUGGGGAAAGGUAUAAAAGUCCCAGCACAGACUGCCAGAGAGAGGAUCUCUGAAAGCCUGAGAAGUGUCCCACUUCUUCUUUGUUGCAACCAGUAAAGGAUCACCUUGAAUAUGAAGGCAACUGGCAUUUUUCUGCUGCUCUCCCUGACAUUCUGCUGCUACCAAGGAAACGCUGAGACGGAUGGAGCUGCUGGCAAAGGAACAGAGGCUGCUUGUGGCAACUAUGACCUAAAAAGAGGUUGUACAAAGAUCUUUGACCCUGUCUGCGGCACAGACAACCUCCUAUAUGACAAUGAGUGUCUGUUGUGCUUUCAGAACCUGCAAAGAAACAUUAAUGUGCGCAUAAAGAACAGGGGAAUGUGCCAAAAACCCUCUCCACGCUCCGACUCCGCUCAAAACUAAAAGGCGCAACCGUUCCAGAUGAGGUAGCACAAGGCUCGCCCUCACCUGUACAAACUCCUAAUAAAAUGGAAGCAUUGC